CACCUCUCCUUUCUCUCUCCAGUCUGCUCCCCCUCCUGUCUGCAGAUACCGCUCCUCAGCUGCCAUUCACUUGCCCAUUAUCCCCGUUGUUCUCUCUGUGUCUGUGUCUGUCUCUGUGUCUGUCUCUGUGCCCUUCCCUCUAAACCCCCUGAGUCUUCCCUCCUUGUCUGUGCGCCUCUCCCUCCUGCCUUUCAUUGCUUCUCCCUGUCUCUCUCCUCAUCGCUGCCUUUGUCUCUCUCUCUCACUCACUCUCUCCAUCCAUUUCUCUCUCUUUUCUCUCCGUUGCUCCUACCAGGGAGAUUUUGCUCCCACCUCCACCUGUCCUCUCCCCCCAACUCCCUGUACCUGAAAUGCUCCUCUACUCCCAUCACCUUCCUCACUCCGCCUGUCCUUCCUCUGCCUCUUAAUACCUUCCCACCCUUUCUGCCCCCUCCCAAACUCCCUAAUUUCUCCUUUUCUACUCCAUUUCAUCCAACCCUUCUCUAUUCUCCCCCAUCUCUAUUUGUCUUUUUCUCUCCUCUCCAAUUCUGCACCAACUCUCCAUCUUUCCUUUCUAUCCCCUCUCUGGUUCAGUGACCCUCUUUCGUCUAUGUCCUUGUCCCCCACGGCUCCGUCCUCGACCCCCGAAGAUAACCAGCCAUGUUCCGCCGCACCAAGAGUUGCAGAAGCAGCAACAGAAAAAGCUUAAUCCUAACAAGCAGCAGUUCCCCCACUCUCCCCCGGCCCCACUCUCCCCUGCCGGGGCAUAUAGGUGGAAGUCCUAUGGACAGUCCCAGGAAUUUCUCCCCCAGCGCCGCUGCUCACUUCUCAUUUGCAUCAUCACGCAGCAGAACAGAUGGCCGUCGCUGGUCCUUGGCCUCCCUCCCAUCGUCUGGCUAUGGGACAAAUACUCCAAGUUCCACAGUGUCGUCCUCCUCCUCCUCUCAGGAACGUCUGCACCAGCUCCCAUUCCAGCCCACACUGGAUGAGCUGCACUUUCUCUCCAAACAUUUUGGCAGCACAGAAAGUAUCCCCGAUGAUGAGGGGCGCAGGUCUCCGGCGGUCAGACCGCGAUCCCGCAGCUUAAGUCCUGGCCGAUCCCCCUCCUCCUAUGACAACGAGAUUGUGAUGAUGAACCAUGUAUAUAAAGAGAGGUUUCCCAAGGCCACGGCACAGAUGGAAGAGAGGCUAAGGAUGUUCAUCUCCUCCUUCUCCCCCGAGAAUGUCCUACCACUGGCUGAUGGAGUCCUCAACUUUAUCCACCAUCAGAUCGUGGAGCUGGCAAGGGACUGCCUGAACAGGAGCAUCGAAGGCAUGAUUACAACCGCUCACUUCUACCAGCUACAGGGAAAUCUGGAGAAGCUGCUGAAUGAUGCAGUGGAACGUUCUUCUGAGGGCUCAGAAGUUGCCUUCAUUGCUCAACUGAUGAAGAAUCUUUUAAUCAUCAUCUCUCGACCUGCUCGUUUGCUGGAGUGCCUGGAAUUUAACCCUGAAGAAUUCUAUCACAUGCUGGAGGUAGCUGAGGACCAGGUGAAGGAAGGAAACUUGACAAAAGAUAUACCCCAAUACAUCCUGAGUCAGUUGGGAUUAACCAGGGAUUCCUUCCCAGAGGUAGCUGCUCCUGAGGAACCACUGACUGUGGAAACACAUACCCCAGAACCCGAGGACAGCACAGAGGCAAAGAGUGGGGCAGCUGCUAAACCCAUAAGACCUCCUGAGGAAAGUGACUUUGAAACAAUAAAGCUCAUCAGUAAUGGAGCCUAUGGAGCGGUGUAUUUGGUGCGUCACCGGGAGACACGCCAACGCUUUGCCAUGAAAAAGAUUAACAAGCAGAACUUGCUUCUGAGGAAACAAGUCCACCAGGCCUUUGUGGAACGAGACAUUCUGACCUUUGCCCAGAACCCCUUCGUGGUCAGCAUGUUCUGCUCCUUCCAGACCCGCAGGCACCUCUGCAUGGUGAUGGAAUAUGUAGAAGGGGGUGACUGUGCCACCCUACUGAAGCACAUUGGUGCUCUCCCUUUGGAAAUGGCUCGGUUAUAUUUCGCAGAGACGAUUCUAGCUCUGGAAUACCUACAUAAUUAUGGGAUUGUGCACCGAGAUCUGAAACCAGACAAUCUCCUAAUCACUUCGAUGGGUCACAUAAAGCUUACAGAUUUUGGCCUGUCCAAAAUGGGACUUAUGAACCUCACCACUAAUCUAUAUGAAGGACACAUCGAGAGUGAAGCAAGGGAAUUCCUGGACAAGCAGGUCUGUGGAACCCCAGAAUACAUUGCACCAGAGGUUAUCCUUCGGCAAGGUUAUGGGAAGCCAGUGGACUGGUGGGCGAUGGGCAUAAUUCUGUAUGAGUUCCUUGUUGGUUGCGUGCCAUUUUUCGGCGACACCCCAGAAGAGCUGUUUGGUCAGGUGAUCAGUGAUGACAUUGUCUGGCCAGAAGCAGAGGAAGCACUUCCCACCGAUGCCCAAAACCUCAUCUCCUGCCUCCUGCAGACAGACCCCUUGCAAAGGCUUGGAACAGGGGGAGCGAUCGAAGUGAAAGUUCAUAGAUUUUUCACUGAUUUGGACUGGAAUGGAUUGCUCAGGCAGAAAGCUGAAUUUAUCCCCCACUUGGAGGCAGAAGAUGACACCAGUUACUUUGACACUCGAUCAGAUCGGUAUCAGCACAUUAACUCCUACGAUGAGGAUGAUACAAAUGAUGAAGACUCGGUGGAGAUCAGGCAGUUUUCAUCCUGUACACCAAGGUUUAGUAAAGUAUAUAGUAGUAUGGAGCAGCUGUCCCAGCUGGAGCAGAAACCCCCCACUCCUCCUCGACAAGAAAGGGCUGAAAAGUCGACCAAGAGGGAGACACUAGGAGGUGUCACCCUGCGAGACCGCUGCUGGAGGACUGUCUCUCCUGAAAUGAAACAUUUCUCAGAUGCUGCAGAAGCAGAAUCCAGCCCCCCUCUGGCUGCCAGGCGACGGUUUUCUGCCCUGGUGGACUCGACCCGCUUUACUUCUCCCCUGGAAGGUGAGGUGGAGUUCAGAGUGAGGGGAAGCAGCGUGUCCCUGCCCACCCAAAGCAAGAUUCCUCUGGGAGAGCUGGAGACAGUAGACAAAUCUGCCGACGCUCAGCCCCCCCAUGAAUCGGACUCCUCCCCUCGUGCCACGAAUGAAAUUGUCCUGCGCAGAGCCAGACACCAACACCUUUCCGGGGAUACAGAGCGAAGGAGAACUGGCGGAAAAGUCAUCAAGUCGGCAUCUACCACCGCACUGUCUGUUAUAAUACCUACAGUUGAACAGCACAGCAGCUCCCCUCUGGUCAGCCCAAUGUCCCCCCGCUCACUCUCAUCCAAUCCCUCCUCUCGAGAUUCCUCCCCGAGUCGUGAUUACACACCGGCAGUGAGCAGCCUCCGAUCCCCAAUUUGUAUCCAGCGCUCUGGGAAAAAAUAUGGUUUCACCUUGAGGGCCAUCCGAGUGUACAUGGGGGAAAGUGAUGUGUACAGCGUGCAGCACAUUGUCUGGCACGUGGAAGAAGGAGGACCUGCACAUGAUGCAGGUCUCUGUGCUGGGGACCUCAUUACACAUAUUAACGGGGAGCCAGUGCAUGGCCUAGUCCACACUGAAGUUGUGGAGCUGAUUUUAAAGAGUGGUAACAAGGUGUUAGUAACCACCACCCCUUUUGAGAACACAUCGAUCCGAACUGGCCCAGCUAGGAGAAGCAGUUAUCGAUCCAAAAUGGCACGGAGGAACAAGCGGAGCGCUGGGAGAGAGGGGCAGGAGAGUAAGAAGCGCAAUUCUCUGUUCCGUAAGAUCACCAAGCAAUCCAAUCUUCUGCACACCAGCCGUUCCCUCUCUUCUCUGAGCCGGUCUCUCUCCUCAAGUGACAGUCUUCCAGGAUCGCCCACUCACAGCCUCUCGGCCCGCUCCCCUACCCACAGCCACCGCUCCAUGGACUCUGCUUAUCUUGGUGCUUCUUCACAAGGCAGUUCUCCUUCUUCCAGUACCCCUAAUUCCCCUGCGCCACCACCCCCUCCUUCCACCUCUUCCUGUGCCUCCUCUUCAACUACCCCAGCUCCCCCUUCCCCACACAUUCGACCCAGUACUUUGCAUGGUUUAUCUCCCAAACUGCACCGUCAAUAUCGCUCUGCACGUUGUAAAUCUGCGGGUAAUAUGCCACUCUCACCACUUGCACACACUCCUUCACCUACUGCCGCUGCCUCACCCCCUCUCCUCCCAGGUCACAUCAUUGGCAGCAGCCUGACCACUCAGAGCUUUCCUCCAAAACUGCAUCCUUCUCCACCAGUGUCACGUCCUCGCCCAAAGAGUGCAGAGCCUCCUAGAUCCCCACUUCUCAAGAGAGUGCAGUCUGCGGAGAAACUAGGUGGGGGUGGAAGUGGUGGGUCACCCAGAAAACAAGAGCCAGGAGGAGGAGGAACAAUAGAUGGAGAAUUAGCAGAAGCGCUAGGUGUGAGAAGUCAGCCAGUAAGAAGAGUGGGUAGGCAGGAGUCUCCACUCAGUCUUUGUGGAGGGGAACAUUUGAUAGGAGAGACCUUUGAGAGGCCGGAGGGGGAAGGAGUGAUAGGAGUAUCACCACUAGCAGAAAGUCUGAAAUGUAGUGAGGGUAAAGUCCAAGCAACAGUUAAGGUUGGAGUUGGACCAAGGACUACUCCCCCCUUCUCUCCCCAGGAACCCACAGCCACAUCGAGUGCAGUCCUCCCCCCUCAAAGUGACCCUUCCCUUGCUAUGGUAGGCAGGUGUCAAGUGAAAACCCUCAGUCCAGUACAAGAGCAUGAAGGAAGAAGAGGAGAAGGAGAGGAUGGGGGAGCAGAGGGAGAGGGAAGAAAGGGAGAGAGAGGAGAGGAUUAUGAGGAGGAACAAGGAAGAACAAGAGAACAAUGGUAUCUAGAGGUGGUAGAAGAGUUGACUACAGUAGGUAAAAGCAGCACGCAUGCUAUGAGCAAAACUACUCCCUCUAACCUCACAGCAGACUCUAGUAUCUACCAUUCCCACUCAAAUAAGAGUAAAGUUGCUGUGGCUGACUCCACAAAGAGCACAUACUGUCCCCCUCCAGGUACAACUCUAGACCAGCCUGGUUCUUUCAAAGGGAUAUGGUUAGAUGCUGACUUUAAAAAGGGCCAAGACCCAAAGAACUGCCAUAUUACUCCUCUUCAUCCUGUAAAGGAGGGUCUAAAUGUUGAACCAAUGCAAAAUGGUUCUAUUCACCUCUCUGAACUCCCUCAUUUGGCCAAGGAGCAAAAUACUGACCUUCCAAAAGGUUCUUCAUCUUCGUGCCCAUCAAUUAAAAGCACUUCUUCUCAACUACCCCCAAAUACUAGUAGUAAGCUGGAGGCUGAUAAAGUAAAUAGGCAUAUUCUUUGCACAGAGGGUACAAAGCAUGAUUCAAUUAAACCACCAGAUUCUAAGCUUAUUAGUAUUAAGGGGGAGAAGGCCAAUUUAGCAAAAGCUCCCAAAGUUGACCAUACUGCUGGGGUGCAAGAACCUGCUCCUCUAAAAGGAGCAAUUUCACCUGUAAAUAUCAAUAGGGAAGGAACUGACCAGACAAGGGGGACCACUAUUGACCCAAACAUUAAUAGACUGAGUGAAACACAAAAUAAUCAGAAACAUGGAGCUGCCACUGGCCAUGCUUGUAAUGUGGUUCAUAAGGAGAUGGAGAAGAUAGACAUGUUCAGUUCAGCUCAGGAUACUAAGAAAGCAAGGGGAGCAGAAGUAGAGCAAAAAAAAGUGGCCAUUGUAGCCCCAAUGGUUACUAGACUCAGUGAAAUAAAGGGUGACAAAAGAGUAGUAAUUGCCUCCCCGACUGUUAACAGACCAACUGCAGGAGAGAGUGACCAGACAAAGGUGACCACUGUUACACCAACUAUUGACAGAGUCAGUGGUCUAGAAAGUGCCUCUGCAAAGGUGAUCACUAUUGCCUCAGUGAGUAGCACUGACAAGGCUCUUAAGCAACUACCGAACGCUUUUCUCAACAAUAAAGCAGCAGACUGCAACCAGUUACAGUUCUCAUCGCAGAGUAAUAAGGGUGGGAGAGAAUUAGAAAGUGUCCAGAUAUGGGCACCGGCCAAUAUUCCAGCUGUUAACCAGAGAGGUCAGUCUGAGAGCAUGGUACCUUCACUAACUCCGACAAAUGGACAAUUGAAAGAAAAUGAGCAAUCUAAGGGACCCCCUACAAGUAUCAGAGUAAGUGGGGCUCCAAGUGAUGCCCAGGCUAGGGUGUGUUCUGAGAAACCUUCCAGCACCCAUCGAGUGCCCACACCCACUAGCCAACACCCUUCUUAAUCUGACAGUGUAACAUGAUGAUAUCAGGAUGCAAAAGAGCUUCUAAUAAUGAUCCCAUUCAUUUAUUCCUCCAUGUCUGGAGGGUGGAAAAAGGGAUAGAAAGAGCAGUUGCCCCCUUUUGGGAUACUUGAUUUGAGCCUUAUUGCCCCCCUCCAGCAGAAUUUUUCAGUAGCAGGGGUUGCACAGGCAUGUUUGUGUGUGUCUGUGUGUAUCUGUGUGUCCGUGUGUUUGUGCUGUGCCUUAAUUGUCAAUUAGUAUGAAAAAAUUAACCGCACACACGCUAGAUACUAAAGAGGUAAACAGAACGACUAUAUGCAGGGCUGUCCUUAGCAACAGAGUGUUGCUCUAUGAAGAUUAGGGGUGACUUUUCCAAAGCUAUGCUCUGCGGGUCUCUGACACACCCUCUGCAUGACAUCACCCCCCUCUCCUCUGAGAUAUCACUCUAUGCUCUCGUGGCGUGUGACAUCACUGGCCAACCUAUGAUGUAAUCUCCUGGGAUUUGAUGCCAUCAGCCUGUGCCACACCUGGUUAUGUCAUGCCACGCCUGUCUUACCUUCAUAUAGAAGCAUACGUCUAUUCAUAAAUAUGAAAUAUAUUUAUCUGGACACACUAUAUAUAUAGAUAUAUAUAUAAAUAUAUAGUAUAAAUAUUGUCUAUGGGGCUCCACUAUUUCUAUGCAAGAUUUAUGGUAGUGCUGCCCUAUCAGUGCCUCUGGGUUCAUCCUGGCUCAUUAUGGGCGCUGCAGUGGGCACUUUGUGAAUUAUUGUAUUUUUAAUUUA